UGCUUUCACCAUCAGAGCUUAGUCAAAUGUUCCUUUCUUACCUGCGCGCCUCAUUCAGCCUUUUAAGUCCCACUUACCUCCGUAGCAAUGAGGACAUACCUUGCGACGGGACAGAGUUCAUUCACUAUUUCGGUUGUUUGUGGGAUUUUUGUGUCCUUUUCCAUCUCUCCGCAUGGAGGGCUCUGUGGGCUGACUUGUAAUAACCCCUCUCCCGUGGCUCCGCUGCAGGAGUUGGUGCACCGGUCUAGAGUUGUGUUUGAGGGAAAGCUUCAAGAAGACGGGCGCAAGAGAGAUAUCAACCGACGAGAGCGGGAAAAGCUACUCAAUCAAAGAGCUGGUGGUAUACGGAAUGAGAGCGCGGUCCAGAGAAUGAAAGGAGAAGUUGAUUUGUCGUCAGAGUCCGUGCCAAACAGGACGUCAGAGUCGGAACCAUACCAGGUUAGGAUAAGGGUCCAUCAAGUAUGGGAAGUAAAAGCGGGGGGGCUCGAGAAGGAUUCUGUCGUUUCUAUUGUCUGGAACCGGGGUGAUAACUGUUUGACAUUGACUAAAGACACAAGAUACAUGUUUUUCAUGGAACCCACGAAUGACACCUCGGUGUUCCAAGCCGUUUUCCCACCUGUCGAGACGCGGCGAGCUGUCCGAAAGGAUGUCAGCAAAGUGCUCUGCCAAGAAUGUGCUGAGCCCAAGCUGAAGGAGAUGAAGAGUGUGGAGGUCGUGGAGGGGAUGAAGACAUUCUUGAAGUGCGAGCUCGGAGCGGGGAACCCAUCCCCCAAAUUCAAGUGGUACAAGGAUGGGGUCGAUUUAGCCAACAUCAAGAACAAACUCAAAGGCACCAAGUUAAAAAGAAAGAAAGAAGGGAAAGUCUCUGAGCUCCACUUCAAGAAAACCACUGAUGCACACACUGGUUCCUACACAUGCGAAGCCAUCAACAACCUGGGAAAAACCAGCACCGUUGGCAACGUGACGCUCCUCCGCGCUGUCACCAGCACCACCCCUGCGGUGAAGACCUCCAGUCAUGUGACGGCCUGCAGCGACAGCGAGAAGAACUACUGCGUGAACGGAGGGGAGUGCUUCACUCUGGAGGUCACCCCCGGCAGCACCAAGUUCCUCUGCAGGUGUCCAAAUGAAUUUACUGGUGAUCGCUGCCAAAACUACGUAAUGGCCAGUUUCUACAAACAUCUUGGGAUUGAAUUUAUGGAAGCAGAGGAGCUGUAUCAGAAACGUGUAUUAACAAUAACAGGAAUCUGCAUUGCACUCCUAGUGGUUGGAAUCAUGUGUGUGGUUGCCUACUGCAAAACAAAAAAGCAGAGGAAAAAGCUUCAUGAUCGUCUGAGGCAGAGCCUACGAAAUGAGAGAAACACCAUUAUGGCUAAUGGCCCUCAGAUUUCUAACCCUCCCCUUGAAAACGUCCAGCUUGUCAAUCAAUUUGUGUCUAAAAAUGCAUUGCCUGCGCAGCAUGUAAUCGAGAAGGAAACGGAAACAUCCUUCUCGACGAGCCUGUACACAUCAUCAGCACAUCAGUCCACAACGGUCACUCACACCUCCAGUCAAAGCUGGAGUAACGGCCACAGCGAGAGUGCCCUCUCCGACAGCCGCUCUGUCUUGGUGAAGUCAUCGGGAGAGAACAGCCGGCACGCCACACCCAGCCACCGGGGUCGUCUGAACGCCACAGGUGGCGCCAGAGACCUGAGUGCCUACCUAAAGAACUCUGGAGACACGCCAGACUCCUACAGGGACUCUCCGUACAGUGAGAGGUAUGUGUCAGCGAUGACCACCCCAACCCGCCUGUCUCCUGUGGAGCUGCUCUCUCCCGUGACCCCGGGUUCCCCUCCCUCUGAGAUGUCGGCCCCCUUGUCCAGCCUGGCCACCUCGGUCCCCUCUGUGGCCGUCAGCCCCUCUGGCGAGGAGGAGCGCCCCCUGCUGUUCACCACCCAGCCGCACCCCGACCACCACAUCAGUCAGUCUAAGAGGAAGUCUGCCCACUACAACCACGGCCAAGAGGCCCAGCCCCCGCCCAGCCCGUUGAGGAUCGUUGAGGACGACGACUAUGAGACCACGCAGGAGUAUGAGGUGGUCGGCUCCGCCACAACGGUAACGCCCAUUCCCCCACAGAGCCUUCCUAAGAAACUUGCCAAGAACAGCAACGGCCGUCGGGCCAAUAGAACAAAGCCCAAUGGCCAUGCAGCAGGCCACAACAAGGAGUCCAUCGACCUAGGUAGCAGUGCGGAGAGCGAGAUGGAGGAGGAGCGUGUGGGAGAGGACACACCCUUCCUGAGCUUCCAGAACCCCAUGGCUAUAAGUGUGGAACCUCUCGCAGAUGGCAGCAGGACUAACCUAGCACUCCGACUCUCCCCACAGGACAACCUGCAAGCCAGGAUAUCCAGCGUCAUCUCCAACCAAGAUCCAAUUGCUGUAUAAAAUGAAAAAGAUAGCUUACAAAAAUACUUCAGUCGGAUUCAAAGAAAUGUCACUAUUAAACCUUUAUUUUCUAUAACUUAAAGUAUUUGCGGGGAAAAUAAUAAAAAAAAAAGAUAUAUAUAAAUAAAAAAACGUAUUUUAGCGAAGUAGUGAAUAAAGUCUUUUAUAAAUAAAAAAAUGUGUACGUGUUCAUGUCAUGGAAGAAAGUGGAAUAAACUAGUAUGUAGCAAUGGUUCGCAGUAUUUCAAUGGAGAAAAAUAUCAAUGGUGCCUUUCAUUUCCGUUUGGUGUGCUUAUGGGAACUGCAUGCCUCUGGCCCAUAUAUUCACGACUUUCAUCUCCCUGUUGACAUUUCUACUCCACUCUGAAAACAAAAAUAUCCACCAGCACUAUAGUAUGCAUUUACUAUAAUGACCUGUAUGAACUGGCUCCUAACCCUAAGCUCCAUACAGUGGCGUUGCUUAUGUGUUCAUGGGCAUGUAGUUUUCACCUCAUUUACAGUAAUGCAGUCCUAACCUACUAACAGAGGUGCAUACAACAGAGUAUUUAGUGUUUAUCUAGCUAACACAACACCCAAAUAUUAUUAUACAGGUUUUCAAGAUUUUCCCACUCACCUUUUGGUUGAUUUUAAAUGGUAAAAUAACAUUUGAAUUGAUUUUUUUUUUUGUAAUGCUUUUCUUGGACCAUUAGCUAUCAUAAUAAUAUAUUGGUUACCAAGGCAAUCAGCUAGGAAGAAUGUUGAAUGUGUAAUCUGAUUAACUUGUAUCAAUACAUUGAUACUAGAAGCAUGAAUGAAGUCAAAGUUGAUUUGGAUAUUAUUUUCAGAUAAUUGGGUAACUGUUAGAUGUAGUCUCGGGACAUGUGAUACAUCCCAUUAUUGAAUGAAUGCUCUCUAUAUCUAUCCUCUCUAUAUAUUGCGUUCUAUAUAAUGGAACACAUUUUCUUCUAAAGCCAGAUGGUCAGAUGAGAAGUAACUUAUGUAUUUAGUCAUCUCUGGUUAAGCAAUACUCUUAAGAUUCUUGCUCUCAAUAUCAUGAUUUGCAAGUCCAAAUUGUGGAGAUAUGUACCAAAUGAAUGAUUGUGGAGAUAUGUACCGAAUGAAUGAUUUGUGGAGAUAUGUACUGAAUGAAUGAUUGAAUAUAUGGCUCACGUGUUCAGUCUUUCAACAACACACCCGUGGGUUCCUAAGUAAUGCAUUGUGGGGAUCAAAGCUGAAGCACCAUUUUGAAAUAAGGUAGAUAGCGAGAGCCUUUUCAUUUGUUUCAACUGUGUUUUAGUACAUUAGUCAACUUCAGAUUUUUUUUGUCCUUCCAAACAUUCAUGUAAAAUGUUACAUUAUCCAAAGUGUUCCUUUGUGUUCAUAUAGUGCAUAUUUGUUUUCAACUGUCUGACUUUGUGUUAGUACGUAAAGUUAUCUGUGUAAUAUUAUCGACAUUAUCGCCUAUUUUAUUAUAUAGUAAGUUCUAUCCCAAGGAUACGUUCAGGAGUCAUGCUAGACAUGAACCACAUGAAAUAUGGUUCCAUGAGAAGUCGUACCCUGUCGAAGACUGUCACCAAUCAUUUAUCACUAGAAUGAAUAGGUAACUAGACACGUUUUCUUUACUACUUUUCGGGCUUCAUAACCAAACCGUUAAGAUUCAGUGUAAUUUCAUCAAAACAAUCUACUCUAAUGCCAAUCUGAUUGUUGCCAGCAUUGGCAUGACACUGGUAUAAAGGCUUUUUUUGGCCCUAAAUUAUACCGUUUCUAAUGAUGUCCCAAUCUGAAAUUUAUCAACUUUUAUUUGGUAUUUAUAUUAUUUAUUUAUUUAUUUAUUGUUUAUUUAUUUUGUGGGCCUUAUGUUAUCUUUUAAUUACAGAUUCUAUAUUUUAAUCAGUGUUUUAUAUAUUUGAAAAGAUCGGAACUUUUAUCUUUUAUAAGCAUGUGUUUGCCUUUUAUAUAUUUUGACUUCAUUAUGGGGUCAAAUCUCUGUUUGCCUCUUAGCAUUGAUAACCACUCUGUUAUUCAACAUAUACAAAUAUUAACAUCUAAAAAGGCACAAGUACUUUGAGUGUACACUGAUUAGAUGUGUGGCUAGAAACCAGAACUAAAUCUCCUGUCAAUCUCGGCUUUACAUACCCCAUGAUGCAUUGCUUCCAAACCAAGGUGUCUUUCGAUUUUAUGUAAAUACACCAUGAAAACCUUGAGUACUUUUUUUUAUUUUUUUAAUUAAAAUAUUAAACCAAUGUUUUGUGUUUGUUUGAGGGCCACCAACCUCAAAGCAUUUGUCUCUGUCCUAAACAUUUUCCAUAACCAUACAUAUUAUGCUAAACUUUUUUUUGUAGUGAUUGUCGCCAUACCAAUUGUUUCAUAAACAUGACUGCAGUUGUACACGUAUGUAAGAGCAGCACACUAACUUGGUUGUUAAAAUAAAGGCCAAAACUGA